UUUAAGAUAAAAGCGUUAGAUGCUCGGAACCAUGGAGCGUUUUGUCCUUCCUUGUGCAGCAGUGCUUUUACUAGAGGGGCUCAAGGAGGGGCUCUGAAGCGCCCCAGAGUCCCAGGCGGGCAGAGGCUGCAGAUCUGCCCGGCCUCACCCUCUGGAGGCUCUCGGGUAUCAGCGGUCAGCCGGGGCUGCCGCCCGACCCCGCGGCGGCGAGGACACCGGCGGGGACUUCCCAGAGAAAGAUGGCAGCCGCGCGACGCUCUCCCGCCGCGGCUGCGACUCUGUGGCCGGAAGUCCUCCCGCCCUAGCGGGUCGGAAGCGGAAGGAAAGGGCGGUCGGCAGGGGGGCUCUGGCGCUGCGCGGCCGGCUUGGGAGCGGAGCCGCGGGAAGGGCGCGUGUCGACCGCUCACUGGCGCAGCAGCAGCCGCCGCCGCCGCCGCCGCCCCGCCCCGGCGUUGUCGCAGGCACAGUCGCGGACGAAGCGCGGCCCGCCAUGGGCAGGAAAGGGGACGCGGGCGGCGCGAAUGCCGUGGCGGCGCGGCCGGUGACAGGGGUUUGCUGUAAAAUGGGACUUCUGUUUGUACUCACUGGACUAUGGCUGUUUUCCUCAGUAAAGGCAGAUUCAAAAGCCAUUACAACCUCUCUUACGACAAAAUGGUUUUCCACUCCAUUGUUGUUAGAAGCCAGUGAGUUUUUAGCAGAAGACAGUCAAGAGAAAUUUUGGAAUUUUGUAGAAGCCAGUCAAAAUAUUGGAUCAUCAGAUCAUCACGGUACUGAUUAUUCCUAUUAUCAUGCAAUAUUGGAAGCUGCAUUUCAGUUUCUGUCACCUCUGCAGCAGAAUUUGUUGAAAUUUUGUCUGUCUCUUCAUUCUUACUCCGCUACCGUUCAAGCCUUCCAGCAGAUAGCAGCUGAUGAACCUCCCCCAGAAGGCUGUGCUUCAUUUUUCUCAGUGCAUGGAAAGACGACUUGUGAUUUUGAUGCCCUGGAGACUCUUACACUGACAGCAUCUGAAAGACCCAAACCUUUAUUGUUCAAAGGAGAUCACAGAUAUCCCUCAUCUACUCCUGAAAGUCCAGUGGUGAUUUUCUACUCUGAAAUUGGCUAUAAGGAAUUUUAUAAUUUCCACCGCCAACUUAUAUCAAAAAGCAAUGCAGGCAAAAUCAAUUACGUAUUCAGACACUAUGUAUCUAAUCCCAGGGAGGAGCCUGUUUACCUCUCCGGCUAUGGUGUGGAAUUGGCCAUUAAGAGCACUGAGUACAAGGCCAAGGAUGAUACUCAGGUGAAAGGCACAGAGGUAAACACCACAGUGAUUGGUGAAAAUGAUCCUAUUGAUGAAGUUCAAGGAUUCCUCUUUGGAAAAUUAAGAGACCUGCACCCCAGCCUGGAAGGCCGGCUGAAGGAGCUCCGGAAGCACCUGGUGGAGAGUACCAACGAGAUGGCGCCUCUCAAAGUGUGGCAGCUGCAAGAUCUAAGUUUCCAGACUGCUGCCCGAAUCUUGGCUGCUCCUGUUGAGUUAGGGUUGGUGGUUAUGAAGGAUCUCAGUCAAAAUUUUCCUACUAAAGCCAGAGCAAUAACAAAAACAGCUGUGAGUUCAGAGCUUAGAACUGAAGUGGAAGAGAAUCAGAAGUAUUUCAAGGGAACUUUAGGAUUACAGCCUGGAGAUUCAGCACUGUUCAUCAAUGGACUUCAUAUUGAUUUAGAUACGCAGGAUAUAUUCAGUCUUUUUGAUGUAUUGAGGAAUGAAGCUCGGGUGAUGGAGGGUCUUCAUAGAUUGGGGAUCGAAGGCCUUUCUCUGCAUAAUGUCUUGAAACUGAACAUCCAGCCCUCUGAGGCCGACUAUGCCGUGGACAUCAGGAGUCCUGCAAUUUCAUGGAUCAAUAACCUGGAGGUCGAUAGCAGAUAUAACUCGUGGCCUUCUAGUCUGCAAGAGUUGCUCCGACCCACCUUUCCUGGUGUCAUCCGGCAGAUCAGGAAAAACUUACAUAACAUGGUUUUCAUAGUCGAUCCUGCUCAUGAGACCACAGCGGAGUUGAUCAACACAGCUGAGAUGUUUCUCAGUAACCACAUACCACUGAGACUCGGCUUAAUCUUUGUGGUUGACGACUCUCAAGAUGUUGAUGGGAUACAGGACGCUGGAGUGGCUAUUCUGAGAGCCUAUAAUUAUGUUGCCCAAGAAACAGAUGAUUAUCAUGCCUUCCAAACUCUGAUCCAUAUAUAUAACAAAGUAAGGACUGGAGAAAAAGUGAAAGUCGAACAUGUGGUUGGUGUUCUGGAGAAGAAAUACCCAUAUGUAGAAGUGAAUAGCAUUUUGGGGAUUGAUUCUGCUUAUGAUCAGAAUCGGAAGGAAGCAAGAGGCUACUACGAGCAGACUGGCGUUGGUCCCCUGCCUGUCGUUCUGUUCAAUGGAAUGCCCUUAGAGAAGGACCAGCUAGAUCCUGACGAGUUGGAAACCAUCACAAUGCACAGAAUCCUGGAGACCACAGCUUUCUUCCAAAGGGCAGUGUACUUGGGUGAACUGUCCCAUGAUCAGGAUGUGGUAGAAUAUAUCAUGAACCAGGCAAAUGUUGUUCCACGAAUCAAUUCUAGGGUUUUGACAGCUGACCGAGAAUACCUGGACUUAACAGCGACCAAUAAUUUCUAUGUGGAUGAUUAUGCUAGAUUUACUGUCUUGGAUUCCCAAGGCCAGACUGCUGCUGUAGCCAAUAGUAUGAACUAUCUGACGAAGAAAGGAAUGUCCUCCAAGGAAGUCUAUGAUGAUUCGUUUAUUAGGCCAGUAACUUUUUGGAUUGUUGGGGAUUUUGAUAGCCCUUCUGGAAGGCAGUUACUGUAUGAUGCUGUUAAACAUCAGAAAUCCAGUAACAAUGUUAGAAUAAGCAUGAUCAAUAAUCCUAGUGAAGACAUACGUUAUGAGAACACUCAGAUCUCCAGAGCAAUCUGGGCAGCUCUGCAAACACAGACCUCCAAUGCUGCUAAGAACUUCAUCACAAAAAUGGCCAAGGAGGAGACCGCGGAGGCCCUGGCCGAAGGCGCUGACAUCGGGGCGUUCUCUGUUGGGGGCAUGGAUUUCAGUCUUUUUAAAGAGGUCUUUGAAUCUUCCAAAAUGGAUUUCAUUUUGUCUCAUGCCAUGUACUGCAGGGAUGUUCUGAAGCUGAAGAGAGGACAGAGGGCGGUGAUCAGCAAUGGAAGGAUCAUUGGGCCACUGGAGGACAGUGAACUCUUUAACCAAGACGAUUUCCACCUCCUAGAAAACAUCAUCUUAAAAACUUCAGGACAGAAAAUCAAAUCUCAUAUUCAGCAGCUCCGGGUAGAAGAAGAUGUGGCCAGUGACUUGGUAAUGAAGGUGGAUGCUCUCCUGUCAGCCCAACCGAAAGGAGAUGCAAGAAUUGAGUACCAGUUUUUUGAAGACAGGCACAGUGCCAUUAAACUGAGGCCGAAGGAAGGGGAGACGUACUUUGAUGUCGUGGCUGUCAUUGACCCUGUCACCAGAGAAGCACAGAGACUUGCUCCACUGCUCUCGGUUCUAACUCAGCUGAUCAACAUGAAUCUGAGAGUAUUUAUGAACUGCCAAUCUAAACUUUCUGACAUGCCUUUGAAAAGCUUUUACCGUUAUGUCUUAGAACCAGAGAUUUCUUUCACCUCAGACAACAACUUUGCUAAGGGUCCAAUAGCAAAGUUUUUGGAUAUGCCACAGUCUCCUCUGUUCACUCUGAAUUUAAACACCCCCGAGGGCUGGAUGGUGGAGUCUGUCAGAACACCGUAUGAUCUUGAUAAUAUUUAUUUAGAAGAGGUGGACAGCGUGGUGGCUGCCGAGUACGAGCUGGAGUACCUCUUACUAGAAGGUCACUGCUAUGACAUUACCACAGGCCAGCCCCCACGCGGACUGCAGUUUACACUGGGAACCUCAGCCCAGCCCGUCACUGUGGACACCAUCGUUAUGGCCAACCUGGGCUACUUUCAGUUAAAAGCCAACCCAGGCGCUUGGAUUCUCAGACUAAGGAGGGGACGUUCUGAAGAUAUUUAUAGGAUCUAUAGCCACGAUGGUACAGAUUCUCCACCUGAUGCCGAUGAGGUGGUGGUGGUUCUCAACAACUUUAAGAGUAAAAUUAUUAAAGUGAAGGUUCAGAAGAAGGCAGACAUGGUGAAUGAGGACUUGCUGAGUGAUGGAACUAAUGAGAAUGAGUCUGGAUUUUGGGACUCCUUCAAAUGGGGCUUUUCCGGCGGACAGAAGACUGAGGAAGUGAAACAGGAUAAAGAUGACAUAAUUAACAUUUUCUCCGUUGCAUCUGGUCAUCUCUAUGAAAGAUUUCUUCGCAUAAUGAUGCUAUCAGUCCUGAAGAAUACCAAAACUCCUGUGAAAUUCUGGUUCUUGAAGAAUUAUUUGUCCCCCACAUUUAAGGAAUUUAUACCUUAUAUGGCAAAUGAAUACAAUUUCCAGUAUGAGCUUGUUCAGUACAAGUGGCCCCGGUGGCUUCAUCAGCAGACUGAGAAGCAGCGCAUCAUCUGGGGUUACAAGAUCCUCUUCCUGGAUGUGCUCUUCCCGCUCGUUGUGGACAAGUUCCUGUUUGUGGAUGCUGAUCAGAUUGUGCGAACAGAUCUGAAAGAGUUAAGAGACCUCAGCUUGGAUGGCGCGCCUUACGGUUAUACUCCCUUCUGUGACAGCCGAAGAGAAAUGGACGGCUACAGGUUCUGGAAAUCGGGGUACUGGGCCAGCCAUUUAGCUGGGCGAAAGUAUCAUAUCAGUGCACUGUAUGUCGUUGAUCUGAAGAAGUUUAGGAAAAUAGCUGCUGGUGACAGACUUAGGGGACAGUACCAAGGUCUGAGUCAGGAUCCCAACAGCCUUUCAAAUCUUGACCAAGAUUUGCCCAAUAACAUGAUCCAUCAAGUGCCAAUAAAAUCACUCCCUCAAGAAUGGCUUUGGUGUGAAACGUGGUGUGAUGAUGCCUCUAAGAAAAGGGCAAAAACAAUUGAUUUGUGUAACAAUCCAAUGACCAAAGAGCCAAAGCUGGAGGCGGCUGUGCGAAUUGUCCCCGAGUGGCAGGACUACGAUCAAGAGAUCAAACAGCUGCAGGUCCGCUUUCAGAAGGCGAAGGAAACUGGAGCCACAGAUGAGGAGACGACAGCACAGGAGCCAAGCUGGGAAGGACCUCAGAAACGUGAAGAAUUAUGAUUUCUAGAAGAAGAUAGGAAAUUACACCAUUUGAAAAACACUUUUUAUAUUAAAUGCUAGUUUUUUCUGAUCUGUCUAUACAACUGCUGAUAAACUGGCUGGGCAGGUGUGCCACAGCUUUUGAUUCUGAGCAUGUGAUUUUGACGUCUGCAUCCAGGUGGGCUCUGGAUCUCGGAGUUGAGGCCCUAUUGGAUUUGUACCUCAUGGGAAGACAACUGUCUGGUCUUUUGGGACUCGGUAGAGAGCAGUCUUUUAACCAGAAAGGAACAUGGCAAAGGCAGCUGGGAGAAAGCAAGCCCCACGGUGCCCGCGGCAAGAGCACGCUUGCUGCCUCGCCUGGGAAGCGCCCGCCCGCGCCGCGUGUCCUUCCGUGCCAGCGUGCUGGCUGCGGAGCUCAGCCUGCAGCCUGCGCUGCAGAGCGGGUGUGGCUCCGAGGCCGGCCGGCAGAGGCUUUGCCCAAGGCCCGCUCCUGAGGUUUGUGCCCGUGCCGCUGCGCCCUCCUGUGCUCUCGCCCCCAGCAUUGCGUUCGCUGUUGAAUUGAACAACCCAACCAGGCAAUUGUGCGUCUCCCGGGUUGGCUCCGGGCAAACGAAUUUUGGGGUAGGAUGGGGGUGGGUUGGGCUGAGGGUAGGGAAAUGUCAGGAGUAGGAGGGCUCUGGGGUGUUGAGGGAAGGCAGAAAGACCAGAAAACCGGCCAUUCUGUUUAUAAACCGUCAGUACCAUUGCAAAUAAUUUGAAACGAAAACAUUACUCUUAUUCCCCACCCAACCCCAAUGAACUUUUUUAGGUAAUUGUUUUGUAAACAAUUUUCGUAUUUAUGAAAGUCCUUGCUUUUUUUCCCACUUUCUAAAAAGAUGUCUGUUACUGAUCUGCUCGCUGCAUGCAGCCCUAGUGACCCCUCUAGGGACCCACCUGGGAGGCUCAGGGCCCCCCAGGAAGGCUGCCGCAUCAUCUGCCCUGCCUCCUCCCAGACCUGGGGGACGGUGGCUUCGACUUUCUUUUACAAGAGACUCCCAGACCUGAGGCCAGGAGAGGUUCUGACUGGGUGGUCCAUGUUUUCCUAUACACUGUUCUAUAUUCCUUUUAGUCUGGCACUGCGGAUUGCCUCCCGCUUGCACAGAUUGCCAGCACUCCCCGUCUGGCUCCAUGGACUUGCCUCUCCAAGCAGCGCUGGCCGUCAGCCUUUGCUUCUUGCGUCUUUACAUCAGAGCCCAGACCGGCCCCUCUGCAGCAGCCUGUCCUGGUGAGUGGGCCGUGCGGGGAGGCAGCCACGAGGAGUCAGUGUGCCACUGGCCUGCGUGGGUGUGGGGCUCCAGGCCCUCCCCUCCAUCUGCCUGGCUGCAGGGACAGCAGCCAGGGCUCUCAUGGACUCUGCCUCCUCCCACGUGAGCAGUUCUCAGGUUUUGCCUGUUGCUUAAAAAUAUGACAAGGGGGUGCAGAUGGGUAGCUAAGUCCUUGCUCUUCUAAGCCAGGUAUAGCUGACUUGCAGUCUUUUUUUUUUUUAAAUCAAAGUCUUAUGACAUAUCGAGUAAUUUAUUUUUUCCAAAUCACAUGUAGAAGUUAGCUUGGGAGUCUGUCAGUCUGAGGGAGCAACUUUGCUUUUCUAAAUCCGGUAAAAACUGGGGAGGGAAGCUCAGAAGAGUUUUAGAUCAAUUCAUCCAAGACUGAGAAGUGCCCUUAGAAGCACUGCUGUUGACAACGGCUGUAGCGUGAGCCCCCUGCCCUGCCCCUCUUGGGUCAGAGCAGCUAAAGGGAUGGAAUCGUGGGAGCAGAACACGACCGUGCAGCUUCAUCUUGUAUCUACCUGAGCCUUCACUGCUGCUGCUGCCCCUCCCCCCUGCACCUGAGCAGAACUGCAUUUUCCACUUCACCUUCUGGGAGCAGGAAAUACACAGUCACUGGGAUACGCUUCUUAAAUGCUGCUUCCCUUGGGCCAUGGAACAGGCCUUUGUGUCUUCCCACCAGGUCUCUUGCGCAUAUUCCGUGGGAGGAAGGAGCAGGGUGAAGUCUGUCCUCUGGACUGUGCAUGUCCUCUUCGCCCCAUCAUGAACCCAAGUCUUACUAAUGUUGAGUCUGAACGUGUAAGGCCAGCUUACUUCGAAAAUGGGCGAGGCUAGGGCCCUUCUGCCAGUAUCUUGGUUCAUGUGGCAUAAGCAUCUUUCAAAAUGAACUUCUAAUUCCCUAGGAAAUGAUGUUAGCACUAAAAAUUGGUCACUUUAUCUCAACUAAAAGCAAAUUGUGACUGAAAAUAUAGGUGGAAGAGGUUUUUCCCCAAGAAGUAAGAAUUGGUUGCACUGAAACAUUCAGGCUUCUGGGAGCUGUUCACAGUGCAUUGUUUUUAACCAUCAUUUACAUGUAAUAGAUUUUUUUUUUUCUCUCAUCAUGCCAUAAUGGAAAAUUUUCUUUCUGAAUCAGAGCCAGAAUGAUAUGAAAUAAUGUGACAUGUUAGAAUGACAUGAAAUAGUAUGAGCUUUUAUGUUCUAUGAACAGUGAUAUUUGAUUGAGAUCAAAACCUAUGUAUACAGCCUGCUACUUGGCCUGUGUUUUGUUUUAAAACUGAGCUCAGUACUUACCACAUGGAGAUAGCAAGUUAGUUUUCCACAAGAUUAAUAAAGUGUUGAAAUCUGUCAAAAUGUGGCAUUUCAGAUUGAAACAUACCGAUGUGUGACUACCUACCAAGGAGCACCCCGCAUCGUGGUAGGCCCAUGUACGUGUGAACUCAAGCCUUGGGUGAGCAAAGAUUGUACGUAUGUUAAGAAAUAGCUUCCAAGAACAGAGCUUAAUUUGCUCUGCUGUCCUUAAGUCCCCAUAUUAUGAGCCUUGUUAAGGCUCUGCCUAAAUGGAUCAUUUUUAUCUGGUUGCAGGGCCUGAGAGUCCCUGAUUGAAGAGCUGAGAGCUAGGGUAGGCAGUGUGGUUUUGGGGAGAGACUGGCUCAGGUGGCAGUGAAGAAGGAGAUCCCAGUUCCCUGCAGGCGGGAAUCACACAUUACUGACGCCGUGAUUUGGAGCAGGUCAGACUCCACCCUCAGAGCAGUGGCUGCAGAAUGACUCCUCCUCCUCCACGUCUCCCUUAUGAGGAAGUUUAGGUACUUGAAAGCAGUCCUUUUCUAAAAUUGCCAUCAAUGAUUAAAAUAAAUAAUUCAUUAUUCAGUUCCUUGUCCUGAAUAAAGUGUUAAUAUUGUGGUAUCAAAUUUCAUGGAAAUGUAAAUGUUUUGGUAAAGCCAUCUAAUGGAAACUUGUUCUUGGUAACAACAAACGGAGGGUACAUUGUGUGCAGUUGUUUAAAUAUAAAUUCCAUUGUGUAAUUUUAAUAGUUUUUUAAACAUUUGAUUUUAUGGGGACUUCUUUGUGGGAUGGUUAGAGUCAGUCAUCUUAAAUAUAGCUGUCAUGUGUCUAGUUUGCUGAGGUAACAUUUGUUCCUUCAGUUCAUGUUUUCCCUGCCUUGACGUUGUAAGGAAAGGUCUCAAUCAGGAUGGUAAUUACCUCAUUGAAUUCAAGCAAAGUAAACUUCAGUAACUCAGGUUGUUUGAUAUUGGUAUUUCAAGGAUAUUGGUACCUGAAAGAUACCAAUUUCUUUUUCAUUAUUUGAUCUUCGAUCUCUUGAUCUGGUACAGAAAAAGAUGCUUCUGGGUGUCAGUGAAUCAGUGCCCCGAGUAGAGGAUCUCCCCGCUCAGGGUAUCAUUAGUGCCGACAGUCUGUAAAAACCACAAAUGAGCUUCAAGCAGUUGCAUGCUCCUCAGAAGUAGUCUGCAACAUUUAAACUCCAUGGUAAUGAUUAAGCAAGGAAGAGGCCAUUCCUGAAAUUUCCCAACUUCCUAGACACACAGAGGCCAAACGUGGAAGACUGAAGUAGGACCUAAGUUAGGGUAUGAGCUAAGGCCUUCAUGCUGCCUCUAAGUCACUCAUCGCCUUACUUGUCACUGUUUAGCUUUCCAGAGAAGUGGGCACAAUUCCUCAUCAAAAUAUAAGUAGCAAAAGACAUUAACCUAAGGUCAGCAAUUUGAAAAAAAAAGACUCCUGGGUACCAUAUUUUCCAACCAGUUUUCCUUGGUAACAAUGAUAAGGUAAACAUGGAACAAUGAAGAAAAGUGCUAUAGUUAAAAAAAAUACUUUUAAAAAAACUUCUUCAUAACUGUUCUAUUUUAUGGUAAUCUUGGUCUAUUAAAUGCAACAUAGGCCCAGGUGCUGCCCCUUGCUCAGGAACAGGCAUUGAGGCUCUAAAUGGCUGCAGAGCCCUGUGCCCCUGAAAUGAACUGAGAGUGAAUUUUCUGGUACUGUAAUGAAAAUAAGGUCUGCUCAACACAAUAAAGUUUCCUUCUCUUCUUUAAAA